AGUUGAUGUAAUUGUCUGCCAUGAAAUCCCACCACUAAAAAUUUGAUGUCUUCUUCAGCAAGUGGGGAAAAAAACAAGUCCCGCAAGUUAAAUCUAGUAUAAACGGGUAACAAUAACUGGGCGUGACUGCUGCUAUCACAGAACAGAACAAGCAACACGGAGGACAUGUCCACCUCCAAUCAUGCUCCAGAACUCCGAACUUCACUUUUAUACGACAUCGUUGAUGGCUCUGUUGACCAUAAGGGCCGACCCGUUUAUAGAUCCAAUUCUGGUGGAUGGAGAUCCGCAGGUUUCAUCAUAGGAGUGGAAGUUGCAGAGAGAUUCGCGUAUUACGGGAUAUCUUCCAACUUGAUAACGUAUUUGACCGGUCCGUUGGGUCAGUCGACGGCUACUGCGGCAGAGAACGUGAAUUUGUGGGCGGGGACUGCGACGUUGCUGCCGAUAUUAGGUGCUUUUGUUGCUGAUUCUUUUCUUGGCAGAUACACAACUAUCAUCGUUGCUUCGCUUAUCUAUAUCUUGGGACUUGGCUUGUUGACUCUAUCGGCUCUACUUUCGACUCACACCGCUACUGAUUUGCCAUGUUCUCCUCCUCCAUUUCAACUGAUUUUGUUCUUCUUUGCUCUGUAUUUAGUAGCGAUUGGUGAAAGUGGGCACAAGCCUUGUGCUCAGGCGUUUGGAGCUGAUCAGUUUGAUGGGCACGACCCUCAGGAAUCCAAAGCGAAGAGCUCCUUCUUCAAUUGGUGGUAUUGUUGUAAGAGUGGCGGAACAAUGGUAACAUUACUGAUUUUAAACUACAUACAAGACAAUCUUAACUGGGGUCUUGGAUUUGGGAUCCCUUGUGCUGCGAUGCUUAUUUCACUUGUCAUCUUCUUACUUGGCAGCAAGAUGUAUCGAUAUAGUGUAAAAGUGGACAAGAAAAGUGCAUUUCUGAGGAUUGGUUCGGUUUUUGUGUCUUCGAUUAGGAAUUGGAGAACUACCCCUUCUGCCAUAGCACUUGAAGAAGAAGCUCGUGGAACCCGACCUCACCCAAGUUCUGAGCAGUACAUGUUCCUCAACAAAGCCCUGCUUGCACCAAACGGCUCAAAGGAAGAUGGGAAGGUAUGCAGCAUCAGUGAUGUUGAAGAAGCUAAGGCAUUACUUAGGCUUGUUCCAAUAUGGACUUCAUGCUUAGUAUUUGCUGUAGUGUUUGCGCAGAGAUCAACUCUCUUUACUAAGCAAGCAGUUACGAUGGAUAGAUCGAUUUCACACGGUAUCGAUUUUCCAGCGGCUUCACUUCAAUUCUUUAUGAACCUAUCCAUUGUACUCUUCAUUCCAAUAUAUGACCGUGUCUUUGUUCCCUUAGCAAGAGCUUUAACCAGAAAAUCCUCUGGCAUUACAAUGCUUCAGAGAAUUGGAACUGGUAUUUUUUUAUCUGUCAUGACUAUGGUCAUUGCUGCUCUCGUUGAGAUGAAGAGGCUCAAAACUGCCCAAGAACAUGGACUGGUUGAUCUGCCAGAUGUGACGAUUCCAAUGAGUGUUUGGUGGCUAAUCCCUCAAUAUGUCUUGCUUGGCAUUGCUGAAUCGUUUACCAUGGUGGGCUUGCAAGAAUUUUUCUAUGAUCAGGUCCCCAGUGAUCUGAGGAGCGUUGGUAUUUCACUCAACCUUAGUAUCUUUGGUACUGGAAACUUUCUAAGCAGCUUUCUUGUAUCUGUCAUUGAGAAAACAACUGGUGGGAAUGGCCGAUACAGCUGGUUUGAUAAUAAUCUGAAUCGGGCUCAUCUUGAUUACUUCUAUUGGCUACUAGCUGGGAUGAGCGUGGUGCAAAUGGCUUUCUACGUUUAUUCUGCAAAAUCUUACAUUUAUAAUAGGAGAGGUGCCGUGUAAAUAGAAUGUCUUCUUAUUGUUACUGCAAUGGAUGAAACCAGAACACUACCUGCAACAGGGGAGCAGCCUAAGAUGUAAAUUUCCUUCUUCGUUUUACAAUUCAAAAUGAAAUAUUUAUGUGAA